AUGGAUCUCAGCACGACGCCCAGAAGGGCCACGGAAGGCGUCGGCGAUCUGCAAAAGACCAGAGUGGCGAAGAGCGUCUUCAGCAUCCGCAGCCUGGUUGACGUCGAGGAAACGGAGUUCCCCGCACAGGACGACGAGCGCCCGUCAAAUCAUUCGUCGCGAGGAGGCAGCGAGCAGGCCGUCCCGCAGACGAGUCCUGCGAGCAGCACGAGCAACUCGAGCCAGGUGACUCAGGUGAGCCAGCAGGUGAGCCAGCAGCCUCACCCGCAGUCUCACCAGCAAUCGGCGCCGGCGUCAACGACGACGACGACGACACCUCAGCCCACCCAAAUGGGCAUCUCUACCGAGGAGGUAAGGCCCGAGGAAGAGGGCACCCACCCGCGAGCGGCGCCGACCAGCCCCGAGAGCGAGGCGGAGGCCGACGACUUUGCGCCCAAGAGAAAGCAGCGUCGCUACAGAACGACCUUUACUAGCUUUCAGCUGGAGGAGCUUGAAAAGGCCUUCUCCAGGACGCAUUAUCCGGACGUGUUUACGAGGGAGGAGCUCGCCAUGAAGAUCGGCCUGACGGAGGCACGGAUACAGGUCUGGUUCCAGAACCGGCGGGCCAAGUGGCGUAAACAGGAGAAGGUCGGGCCCCAGGCGCAUCCCUACACACCGUACCCACCACCGUCGGCGGUCGUGGCGCCGACCUUGCCGAACCCCUUCGCCCAUCUGGUCAACUUCCCGCACAGGAAGCCCUUCGAGGCCUUUCGCUAUCCGCCGCUGGGUCACGGCCCGGUCCUCUCCGGUAGUUACGCCGCUCAUCCCUAUCAUCGGGCCCCGCCACCGCUGCUGCCGCCCGGCAUGCCCCUGCCGUACACGUCCGCCGCCUCCUUCCAGAAUUUGCUCGCGAACAUAUCGGCGGCGCAGCGACCGAAGUUGGUGCGCAGUUCGCCACCCCCGCCCCCGCCACCUGCCUCCGCGAUAACCCUGUCGCAUCCCCCGGUGGCGCCGCCACCCCCGCCGCCGCCGACGGCCACCUCGCCGCAGAGCUCGCCUACGGGUAGCGUCGGAUUACCGGACAUCGACAGGAGGACCAACAGCAUCGCCUCGCUGAGACUCAAAGCCCGCGAGUACGAGAUGCAGCUGGAGAUGUUGCGUAAGAACGGCGAUCUCAUAAGUUGAAACGCUGCCGGGGUCAGGUGCGGCAGACAACGAGCGCCAGUCUGUCCUGAAUCGGUUCG